GACCUGUCCUACGACGGCAUUUGCGACAGCCUCGCCAUGCUGUUCCCGCAGCUCGGACCCAACUUCACCGCGACCUACAAGGAUGCGAGGGCCGACGGCUCUGAUCAACAGUCCAAAGCGGGAAGGGCGGAGGAUGAUGAGGGAGAUGAUUGCACCCUUUGCUCGGACUCCUUGCGUGACUUCCUGGAGGUAUCCAAGCAG